UUAACAAACAGACUGGUCGUAGUAAAAAAUGGAGAGAGCUCCUGAAGUUUCCCCCAGUCAGCAUGUGCACUGAAUUAAGAUGGUCCAUCGCUGGAACAUCAGAGCUUUAUUCAGAACAAUAUCACUAAGGUAAGGAGAGGCUGAGAUAAGAUAUUUUCUGUGGAAAAGAAAAAACAAGCAAAUAACUAUAAAAGGGAAAGUUUAAAAUCACAAAUUAUAAAGAAGAACAAACACAAAUAAUCAUAAUUAUUUUAAAUUUUGUUUGCAAGUAUAAAAAGUAUCAAGAAUCAGGAUGGAGAGGGUUUUUUUUUAAAAUUCUUAUUUAGUACAUUGCUGCAUAAGCAGUUUAGUCUAGAAACUAGGGUAGGUGCAGUAGUAGAAAGUUCCUUUUAUGCUCCUGCAUUCCUUGAGGAUGGUCUCCCAUAGGGCUUAUCUAUCUCCUAUAUAUUUCAUUUUGGAGAAGAAUACUCUUAUUUCCAGUUAAGUUUUACAAAGCCUUACACGUUCUAAGUGUCUUUGGCUCUGCCUGUUGGUUGGUCGAUUGGUUGUUUGCUUGUUUUUUUAUUUUGGGAGAGGAUCUCAUUAUGUAACCCAGGCUGGCCUUGACUGUGUAGUCCUCCUGCCUCAACCUCCAGAAUGGGGAGAUUAUACGCAUGUGCCACUGCAGUCAGUUCUGCCUGUUUUGUUUGUUGUAUGUAUGUAUGUAUGUAUAUUUGUAUGUAUGUAUGUAUGUAUGUAUGUAUAUUUGUAUGUAUGUAUGUAUGUAUAUUUGUAUGUAUGUAUGUAUGUAUAUUUGUGUGUGCAUGUGUCUUUACAUAUUUGUAUAUGUGCAUGUGGAAGCUAGACAGCAAUAUUAGGUAUCUUCCUUGAUCAAUCUCCAUUUUAGGUUUUUUGAGACAGUCUCUCACUGAGUGUACUGGCUAGUUUUGUGUCAACUUGACACAGCUGGAAUUAUCACAGAGAAAGGAGUUUCAGUUGAAGAAACGCUUCCAUGAGAUCCAGCUGUAAGGCAUUUUCUCAAUUAGUGGUCAAGGGGGAAAGGCCCCUUGUGGGUGGUGCCAUCUCUGGGCUGGUAGUCUUGGUUCUAUAAGAGAGCAGGCUGAGCAAGCCAGGGGAGGCAAGCCAGUAAAGAACAUCCCUCCAUGGCCUCUGCAUCAGCUCCUGCUCCCUGCCUUCCUUGAGUUCCAGUCCUGACUUCUUUGGUGAUGAACAGCAGUAUGGAAGUGUAAGCUGAAUAAACGCUUUCCUCCCCAACUGCUUCUUUGUCAUGAUGUUUGUGCAGGAAUAGAAACCCUGCUAAGACACUGAGUUUGGAGCUUGACACUUCAGUUAGACUAUCUGGCCAGUGAACCCCUGGAAUCUGUCUGUUUUAACCUGGGAUUAACCCAUCAUGCCCAGGUUAUUAUGUGGGUGCUGGGUAUAUAAAAUCAUAUCCUCAUGCUUGUGUAGUAAGCACUUUACCAACUCACAUCUCUCCCAGCCCCUGCUUGUGUUUUUUAAAUGUGUGAUAACGCAAUUUAAACUAGUAAACAGAACAGUAGUUUAAAAAUAAUAAUACAAAUACUAUUUUUCACUUUCAUUUUAUUAAGUGAAAACAAUGUAGAUUCAGAACAACAUUUAGUGGGUAGUAACUCCUAUGUUUGUUUUUCCCUUUUACCCAGAAAAGGAUUUUAGCAGUCUUUGCGACAAACAGCCAAUUGGAAGACUUCUUUUUAGACAAUUCUGUGAUACAAAACCAGAUCUAAAAAGGUGCAUUGAAUUCUUGGAUGCAGUGGCAGAGUACGAAGUUACCAUUGAAGAGGAACAAAGAGAAUUUGGACUAGCCAUCUUCAGUAGAUUCUUCAAAGAGAAGUCAGAAGUCCCCUUACCAGAGAUACCUCCAGAUAUUGUGAAAGAGUGUAAAUGGAAUCUGAAGCAGAAUUCUCCCUCUCAAAAUGUUUUCGAAGAAUGUGCUGGAAUUGUCUGUAAGUAUUUGAGUGAAACACCAUUUGAAGAAUACCAAGAAAGUACCUACUUUAAUCGAUUUUUACAAUGGAAAUGGCUAGAAAGGCGUCCAGUAACAAAGAACACAUUCAGACAAUAUAGAGUUCUAGGAAAAGGCGGAUUUGGAGAGGUUUGUGCCUGUCAAGUACGAGCUACAGGAAAAAUGUAUGCCUGCAAAAAACUAGAAAAAAAAAGAAUAAAGAAGAGGAAAGGUGAAGCCAUGGCUCUGAAUGAAAAAAGAAUCUUAGAAAAAUUGCAUAGUAGAUUUGUAGUUAGUUUAGCCUACACUUAUGAAACCAAGGAUGCUUUGUGUUUGGUGCUAACCAUAAUGAAUGGAGGGGAUUUGAAGUACCACAUUUACAACCUGGGUGAUCCUGGCUUUGAGGAGCCGAGAGCUGUGUUCUAUGCUGCAGAGCUGUGCUGUGGCUUGGAAGAUUUACAGAGGAAAAGAAUUGUAUACAGAGACCUAAAGCCAGAGAAUAUCCUCCUUGAUGAUCAUGGACACAUCCGAAUUUCAGAUCUUGGUCUAGCUAUGGAAGUCCCAGAAGGGGAGAUGGUACGAGGAAGAGUUGGUACUGUUGGCUACAUGGCUCCAGAAAUUAUCAAUCAUGAAAAGUAUACAUUUAGUCCUGACUGGUGGGGACUUGGCUGUUUGAUAUAUGAAAUGAUUGCGGGACAUUCUCCAUUCAGAAAAUAUAAAGAAAAAGUCAACCGGGAGGAAUUGGAAAGAAGAGUGAAGAAUGAAACUGAGGAGUACUCUGAGAGGUUUUCAGAGGAUGCCAAGUCCAUCUGCAGCAUGUUACUCAUCAAAGAUCCAAGUAAGAGACUGGGCUGCCAGAGGGAUGGAGUCUCUGCUGUAAAGCAGCACCCAAUAUUCAAGGAUAUAAACUUCAGCAGGCUGGAAGCAAAUAUGUUAGAUCCACCUUUCAUUCCUGAUCCUCAGGCCAUUUAUUGUAGGAACAUCUUGGAUAUUGGGCAGUUCUCUGUGGUGAAAGGAGUCAACCUGGAUACCAAUGAUGAAAUCUUCUACGCUGAAUUUGCGACAGGGUCUGUCACCAUCCCCUGGCAGAAUGAGAUGAUUGAAUCUGGAUGUUUCAAGGAUCUCAAUGAAAAUGAAGACGAUUUGUCAUCACUUGAAAAAUACAAGAUGUGUUCCUCCAUUCUCAGACCAAAGAGAAACUUCUUCCGUAGACUCUUCAGAAGAACGGGCUGCCUGAACAUUGCCCUCAGUGAGGAGAGGGAGCCAACAGAACACUGACCAUUCACUGUGCAGACCACAGAGCAAGACCUUGGUGUUAAGAAGGAAUCUAUCACAUACUCAGUGUCUUGUCCUUUCCAUAAAUUGUAAUAAACUGUCUGUAACACUGUU